UAACCGACCGCCGCUUUCAGGCAGCUGAAUUCAGUCCAGCUGCUCAGUUGCCCGGCGGCGGCGGCGGCAAAAAGAGGAGGAGAGAGAAAGCGCGAGGGGACGACGACUCGCCAUCUCAGCUCCUCAGUGCUGUCGGGUCGCACAGCCGCCGGAGAAAUGGAUGUAGCGGUGGACUUGUACAUUGCAGUCCCGCUGCUUUUCACGGUCCUGGCUGUUAUUCUAGCGUCGGUCUUUGUCAAGCUAAGAUCCUCGGAAGAGGACAAAGCUACCGAGCCAGCAGCGGCAAAGGAAGAAGGGGAGGCCAAGGCGAGCGCUGCUGCGGUAGACCGGACGGACGGCGAAGCACUCCAGAAGGAUGAGAAGGAACCGGAGGCGGCCGGAGUGGAGCCUCGGAAGGAGAGAGGAGAGGAGGAGGAGGAGGAGGCGGUAAUAAGCAGAGAAGCUGGAAGGGACGCCGUGGAGGAAAUUGGGGCUGAAGAGGUGGGGACGAACGAAGGAAAGGAAGAACGGCUUCGGGAGAAGGGAAAAGAGGAGGAGGUCGACGACAAGGCUGCCCCGGAGCCGGUGAAAGCAGAAGAGCGGAGUCACGUUCAAGUGGAGCGGAAGGUGCCCGGUCAAGCGGAGUGGGACGCGGUCGUUGCUGCUCCGGUGGCUUUAGAAGAGCAAGAGGAGGAGGAGGAGGAAGACGAGGAGGAGGAGAGCAAGGAGGAAGAUCAAGAAUCAGAAAAUGAGAAACUAGUAGUAAAGGAACCUGAGACUGAAGAUGAUGAAAAGUUCUCUUUUAAAUAUAGUCCUGGAAAACUGAGAGGAAACCAGUAUAAAACAAUGAUGACCAAAGAAGAGCUUGAAGAGGAACAAAGGGUUCAGAGAGAGCAGCUGGCUGCCAUCUUCACCCUUCUAAAGGAAAAAUCAGACACUUUUGGAGAUAUGUCUGAAUCUGAUAUCAAAGAACAACUUAAGCUUUAUGACAUGUAGACUGUAAGUUUUUCUUUUUUUCAGUAUACUAAAGGUGUACUGUAAACGCUGUAGUUUUCAACAUGGUUAGAAUAUAUUGUAUAUGAAAAUGCAAUGAAUAGUUUUUGUAUUGUAUUUUAUCUUUUAAAAAUGAUUUUUGAGAAAGAAUAAAAGUCAUUUAGUUGUGUCAAAUCAAUAUUUAAGGCGCUAAAAUAUACCAAAUGCUGUUGUAAUUUCUUACAAUGAUCUUAUACUGUUUUUGAAUGCAAAUAUUCCAUUGCUACAUGCAGAUAUGUUACAGGCAGUGAAUGAUAUUAGACAAGCUGUCUUUGAACUUAUCUGUAACACAAUGGAGACACUUUCAAAAAGAACUUUCUUGAUAAAUGUAAGUAACCAGUGAGUCUGAUAAAUGGAGCUAAUCAAUCAGAAACACUACUAUAAAUCUAAAAACAAGUAAAUAGCAUCUGUCACUUUAUACUAAACUUUGUUUUCAAAGAAACUUGUGUUUUAGAUUAACUCUGUAAAUAUUUAAGAUAAAAAGUGUCAAACUGUAGACACUUGUAUAAAUUUUUGAUUAAAUGUUUUGAUAGGAACUAUGGAUAAUAAAAGUGUGGAUUGUUAGAUUUCUGAUUACUGCAUCCACAGUGUUUUAAAGCAACAUUACAGGAGUGGCAUUGCCUUAGUGUAGAUGGGUUUUUUUAAGCUUCUUAGCCACAAAAGGCCCUUUACUGAUUCUGUUACUGACUUGAAUUAAAGUAGGCUGUAAUUCACAAAAGCUCAGGUCCUUUUAUAAAAUCUGUUAUUCUGAAAAGGUGCUACCAGGCUCCUUCUCAUUUUGGGCAAUUAAAGUAAAAUCCAGGGCCAAAUCUACUUGAAAGCCAGUUUGGUGUAGUGGUUAAAGGCAUCAUAAGUUCUAGUCCCUCCUUAGGUGUAAAAUCAACCCAGGGGAUCUUGUUACUGUUUCUCAGUCCUAGGAAGGAGCAAGGCAAACUACUUCUUAAAAACGUGCCAGGAAAACUGCAGAGUUAGUCCAGGAAGUCACUAGAAGUCAACCCGAACUGGAAGGCACUCCCUCGCCCCACAAAUCUACUUAACAUCCAUGGUCAGCAAAAUUGAUUUGGUGCUGCCAUCUGCUGAGGUAGAACAACAGAUACCUACAAAUACCUAGAGCAAAUUCAUUUAUAUUUUAUUUUUUAAGAGAUAAUUUAGAGACUGGUUUUUGUAAUAGAUGGAUGGACCCAGAGGAAUUGUGGUUGGGAUUCAUGUGGAAUUUAGUCCUAAUAAAGAGUCCAAAAUGACUUUGUUAUUAGGAUGUGAACAGGAACUCUGGCUAUGCAGUUUCAAGGUUGCAGUGGAGAUGCAAGUUGUACCACAAAAUGGCUGUUAUUGAUAAUGGAAUAACCCCUCUAGAAGAUUCCUCUGGAAAUUCCACAAUUAUGAUAGAUUGUCAAAAGUAACAUUUUGAUUGAUUUAUUACUUCCUUAGAAAUGUGUAAAUGAUCAAAUGUAGAUUAGCCAGUGCUAUGGCACCAUUUGAAAUGCUUUGUAUGAAAUUUACUAUAUAAGUUUGCUUGUAUGUAGUAUAUUCAGGGACUUUCACCUGGGAACCUUACCUAAU